AUGGCAGCAUCAUCAGUGACAUCUCUCGUCCGAGAAUCUAGCAAUAGCUUAAAGUCAAUCCUCACCUCCCAAGACUUUGGCUCCGAAUACCAGUUGUUGUGUACGGAGCUUUCACUCCAGUUACUGAGGAUCCGUCUUUGGGCAGAAUCAGUCGGGAUUCAUAUCGAUGACCCGGGUCGCGGGGACCAUGGAAUUUUUGAUCGGCCAGAGGUUAAAAAGCCUAUUACCCGAGCUGUGAACAGCAUUGCAGUCAUAUUGAACGAGAUCAAUAUUCUCCGCCGAAAAUAUGAUCUCAAGCCCAAAAAGCAUGCCUCGACAGGCAGUAUUCGAAACCCGUCAAGAUUCCUCCAAAGCUACAAGUCCCGCGAUUCUCUCCCGUCACUCCCGUCGUUCAACCAUGAGAGUCACAAGCCAAGGUCCUUCCUAAGCCUAGCCAAGUGGGCCAUCUCAGAUGCAAGGAAGUUCCAAGAAAAAGUGCGGAACCUUAAAGGUCUCAUCGAUAGCUUAGAAGAUAUAUCUAAAUCGGUAGCCCUCGGUCAAUUUCCGCAAAUACAACAACUUGAUCACACCCAGCCAGACCAGACCCAGACCCAGACAGACGAGAUCCAGGAAUCUUCGGACGAAAGCCCACCACCAUACGCAUCGCCGGCGAGAACGCGGAGGAGGACUAACAGGCCAUCUCAAGCUGCAGCUGCAUUUCAAAUGACUAUCUCGAGGGUAUUUGAGGAGCCAGAGCAAGGAAGCGAUCAACAUAUGGAAACAGCAAUUAACAACCCACCUGGCGAACUACCUGCCGAGCCCGUAGUUCGACGUUCGACAUCGGUCUACGGGCCUCUCUCUGAAAACCUAUUUUCAGAGCAUUACACCGCCCUCAAAACAUAUUUAACCGGAAUUCCUGCCUAUGCUCCUCGUCCAUCCCGAGAAAAGCUGUUUGCCCUAUCGGAAAGCCAACUUCAAGGACUGAGUACUGACAUAUACGACGAUUUACUUCGCCGGCAACAAUACAACGAGAGCGACGAUCAUCUCCAAGAGGACCCGAAUUUUCGUCCCAAACGCAACCAAGCACGGGCAAGACUUGCUACUCUCCGUUCUCUUCGCUUUGGACAUCUAGUAAGCGAUUUAGUCGGGGAGAUGGAGCGAAGAGUGUCAGAUAUCCACAAGCAAUGUGAGCAGCCGAACAAUGAGAACUUACGAGCCCCGGGUCCAUUGCGCAGAUGUCAAAGCGAGGCACAGAAUCGGACAAUGUCAACUCUAUCUCCGAUUAUAGUUCCCAGCUGGGGGAACUUCGAUGACGGCGUACUCCCUCCCACCCCACUAAGGGUCCGGAAAUCAUUCCCCACCAGACCAACAAAUCCAGAAAAGCCGCAGGCCAAUUGCAGCAAUCCGUCUGCUGAAUUCAUAAAGUCUUUCCGCGUCAGCAUGAAUAGCCCAACCUCAGAAGUCCUCCCUGUCGCCAUGGCAAAAUACGGUAUCCAAGGCCGCUGGCAGCAGUAUUCAUUAUAUAUCCGAUGCCCAGACCAGGACCGAUGUCUUGGCUUGGACGAGAAGCCGCUUAUGGUGUUUAAGAAGUUGAAGAAGCAAGGGAAUAAGCCUGUUUUUAUGUUGAAGAAGAGGGAAGCUAAAGCUCCUAUAUUUCAGAGGAUGAGCGGGGGCGCUUUUGAGGUUUAA